AUGAAUGAAGUAAGAAAUAAUAACAACACAAAAGCUUAGUAGCCAUUUUUACAUACUAAAAACUCUAGCAAAUAAUAUUCUAUCAAAUCAGAAAACAGAAUUAAAACAUCUCAUACCGAUCUUCCUAAAUCAAUUGACACAUAAAAAAUAAUGAAUGAUUUUUAUGAUUAAUGUAAAAAAAGAUAAAGUAAAUUACUAUCUCUUAAAAAGGAACUUAAAAUUUCAUUCAUUAAAGAAAUAAGUCUUAAUAGAUGUAAUGUGAUUCUUUAAUACAGUCCAUUGAUAGUUUUCCUUCUUUUAGAAAUUAAAUAAAAACAACUCAUAAUUCUCCACCUAAUAAAUACCUCCUUUUUAAUACUUGUGAGAAGAUCUUACAUCAAAAAAGCAAUGGAUCUAAACGUAUAUAAACUAAAUAAGCAGAAAAACUGUUUAUGCAAUAAAUAAAUUAAAAUAAUAGAGCAGAAUUAUUAUUAAAAAUAGAGUAAUAUAUAAGAGAUUUUUUUACUGAAGAAUGCAGAGAAAUGGCUAAUUUAUUUGACACUUUUAUGAGAGAACUAAAUUAUUAAAUAUCAGAUUAAAAAUAUUAAUUAACCUUACAAGAAAAAUAAUUAGAAAUAUAAAAAAUAGAUGAAAUAAUUAGAAUGAAUAAUAAUCAUGUUUGGGCACAUGAAGAUAUGGAAAAAUAAUUAGUCUCAUUAAAAUCUUAAAAUAUGAAUCAAUCAAAUCUUAUUUAAAAAAAUGAUAAUGAUAUUAAAGAUUUACAAACCAAAAUAAAUUAAUAAAAACAUUAACUUGAAUAAAAGUAAAAUGAAAUCCUUAUAAAAAACAGAAAAAUUAAAGAAUUAGGAUAUGAAGUACUAUAAUUAUAAAGAAAACUUGAUUAUUUAGAAAAUAAAGCACUCAAAGAUCAUAGAUAAUCUACCUAAUAAAUGAGAUAUUCAAUAUUUUAAAGUUAAUAAAUUGGAUCUAAUUCUAAUUUAAGUCAAUAAGGUAAUACAACUUCAAAUAAAGAAAACAAAUUCACUCCUUUAAUCGAAGAAUAAUAAGAAGACUCUUCCCUUUCUAUUACAGAAUAAGAAGAUGAAGAAGAAAAAGAAUUAAAUUAAAUUGAAUUUAAUACAGAAAGAAUUGUUGAAACCAGAGAAAAAGAAUCAUAAGUAGGAUAAGAUCUUAUUAUUAAUUACACAACAAUAAAAGAAGUUUAAACAUAAUUAAAUUUGACAGAUAAAAAAUUUGAUGAUUUAACCUAAGAUAUUUGUGAAUAAGCUAUUAAUUUUAUUGAAUUUUUAAAUAUUCCAAAAGAUAAAACAGAAUCUGAUUUAACUUAAGCAAAUAUUUAAUUUCUGAAUAUCAAUACUAUUGAUAAAUUAAGUGAAGAAGAAAUUAUAAAAUUUGUAGAUUAAUAAAUAUCUUAAUCUGGAAUUCAAUAAAGUACACCCUCUCUUGUUAGGUAACCUUCUAUGAGAACAAAUAUGAAACGUGCUUCUAUCAUUUUUGACAAAUAACCUAUAUAAAAUUAAUAGACAUCCAUCAAUAAUUCUAAAGUAAAAUCUAUGCUCACCUUUAUCAAAUUUUAAGGAAUUAAAUUAUUAUAAUUAGAAAAUAAUAUUAAAGAAAGUAAUUCUACAAUAGAAGAUUUAAAAAUGAUUAAUAAUAAUUUACUAUUAUAAAAUAAAGAGCUAAAAGAUUAGAAUUCUAAAUUAAUUGAUUAAAUUACUAAUCUCCAUAUUAAAGUAUCUGAUUUAGAAAAUUAAAUUAUGUCUGAUGCUAUGGAUCUCAAUUAAGUACUUUCAUAAUAAGAUAAGAAACCAUAAAAUUAAAAAGUUAAUACUUUAGCUCAAAGGAAAAAUAAAAAGACAGCACCUUAAUUGGGAUAAAAGGUAAAUUAAUAUAAUUCUAUAUAUAGGUGACAAUUAGCUAUGAUUUUUAAAAAAAUUAAUCAAAAUAACUUAUUGAGAAGAUCAAAUCUAAAACAAUGGGGAAAUUUAGUAAUUUCUUACCACUUAAACUUGUUUUAAAAAUGAUAAGUACAUUCUAUUUAGAAAAAAUAACAAAUUAAAAAGAAAAUAAAUUACUUAGAGAUUAAGAUAUGUCAGCUUAUAUUUAUAAUUAUUAUUUAUAGUAAUUUGGAUAUACAAAAGUUACUGAAUAGAGAUUCAUGAUUCUUGUAUUAUCAAUUAAGAAAUAUAUACAAAUUGUAAGAGUUAAUAUGUUUGCUAAAUUUAUGAAUUUAUUGGAAGAGAAAUCAAAUUAUAGAGUUGAAGAAUUAUAAAGAUAUUUAGAGGCUUUAGAAUAUGUUUAGAAUAUUUAAAAUCUUGGUAUUGCUAUUAAAGACAAUGAAUAGGAAUAAAAACAUUAUAUUCCAUAUGUUAGAGCAUUAGCAUAUUUGGGAUAAUUAUAAAAUUUCAAUUUUACAUAAGAGGAGUUAAAUUAUUUAAAAUAAGAUUUAGAAAAUUAAAAAGAAAAUGAUCCAAAAAAUAUAAAUAAAGCAGGAAUAGUUGAUUUUGAUUUACUUAUGAUAAGAGUAUUAACAAUAUUUAGAAAUAAUGUUGAAAAAACUAAAUUAUAUGUAAUUAAUGCAUUUGCAGCAUGUGAUCUUGAUGGAAAUGGAAUGUGUAAUUUAGAUGAAUGGCUUCUUUUAAUUAGACAUAUUGAACCAGAUAAAUUUGAUGAAGAUAAAUUUGAAGAGAUUUUUGAAGAAUAUGCUGAUUUAUUAGAAGAUGAUGAAAAAAAUCUUUCUUUUGAUAGAUUUUCUAUAUUAUGUAUGGAACAUGAAUUAUUCAGUGAUGCAUAAUAAAAUAAGUUUUUAAAAGUGAAAAGUAUUUAUAAUUACUAAAAUUAUAAGGUAAUGCAGAUGCUGAAUAAAAAUUUGAAUAAUUAAAGGAAAAUUGGAUAUAAAUAUAUACUGAAUAGUUAAAGAGAUUAAAUGAGAUCAAAAUGGAGGAUAUUGAUAAAUAGAAAUGGUAAAAAAUCCUAGCUGUUUUAGACAGAAAAAUAGCUUAAGAAAAUAAUAGUAAAAAGCCUCUUCUUAUAGCCUUUAAAAUCUUUCUAGAAGAGUCUAAAUGA